GUCGGCAUUCAUAACUCGCUUUCAUCACUCACUCGCUAAUGGCUUGCUAACGGAUCAUUUCUUUAGUUAACUGAUCUCGUUUUUGUAAACCAUUUCUCUUUCAAAUUAGUUUCUGAUCGUUUGGCGGUGUUCAAUUUCAAAAUUCGAAAGAGAUCAUUUUGAACAAUGAUCCGGCUCGAAUUUGAUAACAAUUUCUUAAUUGAUAUAUCCCAAAUAGAAGUACAACUUGCAUCCGCCUACACAGUCUUCUGUAUGUCUGCAGCCAAGUAGGACUUGUCUGUUGGAACAGGAAACCGAUUUGAAAAUUAUUUUGCUUACAAAAUCUACAACUGAACGUUUGAACACGAACAGACAUAUGGAAAGACUGUCUACAAUUGCACAGUCAGUGUGUUUCCGAUCGAUUAUUGUUGCUGUUUUGAUAACGUGGACGUCACCAACCCUAUGUAAAACUAUUCGCCAUCAUUGCACACCUAAAUUAAGCAGUCUCUAUGCGUAUGAAGGAGACAAUAUAGCGUUCCGUUGCCCAGAAAAAUUGGAGUUUUCACAUACAGACCGAAUCCAUCCCAGUGUUGAAUGGUACUUCAAUAAUGGAGUUGAGACAAAAAUAAUGGAUAGAAAAAAACAUCGAAGACUGCGCUUCUCCAUCCGUCGAAACUCCAUUCACAUCGAUAAUGUCCAACGGGAAGAUGAAGGGGUCUGGGCUGCAUUACCACGUUCUGCAGAGCGAUUCCAACACGAUGUUGGUGAUUCUCGUUUAAAGACUUUGGCUACCUGUAAUUUCACGCUGGGGGUUCUAGAAAAUCGCAAAAAUCCUACAUCGCCUUCUAGAGACAGUCAAAUUCGGACACCAGCCUGGGAAGAGAAAUCAUUUGAGCUUUCGCAGGAAAUAAAAGAUCACCCAUUCAUUGAAAAUAGCCACAGUAAUUUGUCGCACCAGAAUAGACGUUUUAGCGAACAAAGAAAAAGUUUGCGAUUAAUAUCGAAACGUAUUGGAGAGUCGUUGGCUCUUAAAUGUCCUAAUUAUGGUUAUAGAUCGUCUUCGCAGCCGAUAAUUGAAUGGAGAAAAAAUGGGAAAACAAUUCAACAUUCGAAAAAUCGUAAUCAGUGGCUACUAAAAAUUCAAGCGAUUACAAAAAAGGAUUCUGGCGAAUACGAAUGUGUUGUAUCUAAUAGCCACGGUAGCGUGAAUUUUGCGUUCCACUUAACAGUGCUACGUAAAGAUGCCGUGCUGAAGCCGAAAUUGUUGGGAAUGCAGAACGUGACAGUUCGAGUUGGAGACACUGCCCGUCUCAACUGUAGCAUGGCUUCUCAAGGCUUUUCCACUGUCGAGUGGUUACUCCAGACCACUGUCAAUGGAUCUAAUGUCGACUCUACGGGUGCUCCCUUUUUCGAAAUUCUAGACGUAGAUUAUUCCGACGGGAAAGAUAGACGAAUUCUUUCCAUAGAGAACGUCACCCAUGAAGAUAAUGGAAAAUACUUUUGUGUGGUGAAAAACAAACACGGAACAUCCGUUCAAAGUUCUUGGCUAAUCGUAGGUGAUGUAGAAGAUAUCCUUUUUAACGAGUUUAAUUCCAAAAUUUCCACCAUUGGAUCAGUGUGUGGGGUUGUUUUUAUAUUAUCUAUUGCCGUUCUCUUCCUGUUAGUCAGGGCAAAACGCAGACGCCAAAGAGAAAGAUGAAGAGCUGGUAUUCGUAACAGAUCUCCUAUUCUGAACAGGAGAGAAAACAGUUCACUGUCUCCUCUUGGUAACAACGAAACACAACGCUUGUUAACAGAUAUGCUACGUGAAGCAAUUGUAG